CAGUAUACAAUACAGCGCCUGAGCCCAUUGCAAAAUUAUACAGAUCUGUAUGUCUAUCAAGUGAAAUUCGAUUGCUGGAUUUAUGAAGAUAAUUCUACAGGUGGGGAAGAAGAGUUUGGCGCUCAUGGUAGAGAUUUUAUGUUUUUGGACAAUGAGAAGAGGAGGUUUAUGGCGUCUGUGGAUGAGGCAGUGGAGUUGGCCAAUGAAUGGAACAGUAGACCGAACAGCGUCAGAAAACAAUUCCAUUAUAAAGACAUGGCGUGUGUUCAGUGGAUGAGGGAUUAUCUACACAUGAAAACUGAUGACUUUCCAAACAAUG